ACCACAAUCGCUCAUUCUCCAAAACCUGAAUACACAGACGCCGCCCCAACUUCCCCUGGCCGUGUGUCCCUUGCCGUCGCGGCUGCCCCUCCUCCUUAGUGUCACCCCACAAAUUUAGUGGUGAUAGAAUCACUUACCCCGUGACAAUAAUCACGCCGCUGCAGCUCAUCCAUCCCACAGCUGCUGCUCAUCCUCAAUAAGCCGCUCAUAGUCAUUCUCAGUGACGCUGGGCCAGUUUCGCUGCUGCCGCUUUUGCUCCUCCUUCAGUUCUGUUUCCAAGGGUCACGAGCAGGUUUGUUUGAAUAAUUUCUGUAAAUGGGGUUCGUGUUUGGGUAUCUGAAUUGGCAGGUUUCCUACCUAGGCCUGGCCUGGCUUGUUUCCGUAUGACUAGUGCGGCCCUCACCCUCCCUUGACUCAAUUGACGUUAAUCAGAGGUGUAUCUCGGCUUCUCUCCUGAUGCCAUGCUGUGCCUGCCCCCUUGCUACGGCACUUCAUAGUUCCUAUCAAAAGGAAUGAGGCUGGACGAAAUAUUGUGAAAGGCGGGGACUUGAUGAUGUUGUUUAAUAAGAUUGAGUUAUUCACUUAUCCUUGACCUUGAGAAGUAAAAAUUGAAUAACCUAUUAGCCAUUUUCUUUCUUAGCAAGCUGCAUGAUGCAAACGUGGGUAAAGCCAUGCAAUCAGCUUUCACUCAUCAUCAUCCUAUCGUUCACAACAGAUGUGUCUAUAGUGCAUGCCAUCUUCACCUCAUUUUGCUCAAAGGCCUUUCUCUAAGUCAAUUCCAAAAGUUCAUUCCUGAAAAAUGGAAACAAGCUUCCAAAGAGGUAAUUCUUCAAAACAAUCAGCUGGUUCUGGGAAAGUGCAGAACUGGCAAUGAACCUAUGAUAGAUAACCUUAUUAAUUCUCUCAGAGAAUUUGCCUGCCAGGGCCAUUUAUUAAAAGCAUUCAAACUCUUUUCCCUGAUCCAGCAACAAGCCUCUUGUACUACUACAAAUGAUACUAUUCUGCAUUCCAUCUCUUCUCUUCUUUUAUCUUGUGUCAACCUGAAAGCUCUCCCACAGGGUAAACAACUACAUGCCCUCGUUAUCUCUUUGGGAUUUGAGCAACAUCCCAUUUUGGUUCCCAAGCUUGUCAAUUUUUACUCAAAAUUUGAUCUUUUAAUUGAUGCUCACAUCAUUACUGAGAAUUCCAAUAUUUUGCACCCAUUUCCUUGGAAUCUGCUUAUCUCUUCUUAUGUUAGAAAUGGACUGUAUGAUGAGGCUCUUUCUGCCUAUAAGAAGAUGAUAAGUAAAGGAAUUAGACCCGAUAAUUUCACCUAUCCAUCUGUUCUCAAGGCCUGCGGCGAAAAAUUGGAUCUAGCCUAUGGGAGAGAGGUUCAUGAAUCCAUUAAAGUUAGCUGUCAUAUAUGGAGCUUGUUUGUACAUAAUUCCUUAGUUUCCAUGUAUGCCAAGACUGGUGAAUUGGAGAUUGCCCGUUGCUUGUUUGACAAAAUGCCAGAAAGAGAUGCUGUUUCUUGGAAUGCAAUGAUUUCUGGUUAUGCCUCCAAGGGAAUGUGGAAGGAAGCAUUUGAGCUGUUUGAACAAAUGCAGAUAGCAGGUGUUGAAUUGAAUAUUGUAAUUUGGAACACUAUAGCUGGAGGGUGCUUGCAUUCGGGCAAUUUUAGGGGGGCACUUGAAUUGCUUUCUCAGAUGAGAAGUUGUGGCAUUUGUUUGGACUCAGUUGCAUUGAUUAUUGGUCUCGGUGCAUGUUCCCAUAUUGGUGCCAUUAGAUUAGGUAGAGAGAUUCAUGGCUAUGCAAUUCGCAGCUUUUGUGGUGGAGCAGAUAAUGUUAGGAAUGCCUUAAUCACUAUGUAUUCUAGGUGCAAAGAUCUUAGGCAUGCCUACAUUUUGUUUCAAUCAGUGAAAACUAAGAGCCUAAUUACUUGGAACUCCAUGCUUUCUGGUUAUGCCCAUAUGGACCAAUUUGAGGAAGCAUCCUUGCUAUUCAGAGAAUUGUUUCUAUCUGGCAUUAAGCCAAAUUAUGUGUCUAUAGCAAGCAUUCUUCCCCUUUGUGCUCGAGCGGCAAGUCUACAACAUGGUAAGGAGUUCCAUUGUUACAUUUUGAGGCAUGCAGAAUUUAAGGAUUAUUUGUUGCUGUGGAAUGCUCUCGUUGACAUGUAUGCAAGAUGUGGAAAAGUUUUAGAAGCCAAAAGGUUGUUUGAUUCAAUGAACAGAAGGGAUGAAGUGACAUAUACUUCCUUGAUCGCUGGGUUUGGAAUACAAGGAGAGGGGCGAGCAGCAUUAAAGUUUUUUGAUGAAAUGAACAGGAAUAAUAUUAAACCAGACCAUGUAACAAUGGUGGCAGUUCUAUCUGCUUGUAGUCAUUCAGGGCUAGUAACUGAAGGAAAAAUGUUGUUUCAAAAGAUGUCUAGUGAAUAUGGCAUAGUUCCAUGUUUACAGCACUUUUCCUGCAUGGUUGACCUCUAUGGGAGAGCAGGAUUAUUACAUAAAGCUAAGGAGAUGAUCACAAAGAUGCCUUACAGGCCAACCUCUGCCAUGUGGGCCACUCUUUUAGGAGCUUGCCGUAUCCAUGGAAAUACUGACAUAGGGGAAUGGGCUGCUGAGAAACUGUUGGAAAUGAGGCCUGAAAAUUCAGGUUACUAUGUGUUGAUUGCUAAUAUGUAUGCUGCUGCUGGUCGUUGGAACAAGCUAGCAAAGGUGAGGACUUACAUGAGGGACUUGGGUGUGAGGAAAGCUCCUGGCUGUACCUGGGUUGAUGUGGGCUCUGAAUUGUCACCAUUUCUGGUCGGAGAUACUUCAAAACCUAAUGCAGAUGAGUUUUACCCAUUAUUGGAGGGAUUGACUAAUUUAACUAAAGAUGUUGAUUAUGAUGCCAGAGAAAGUUUUGGUUCAGUUGAUGUAUUGGAGGAAAUAGGAUGAUGCUUAAUAAUGCAUCUGGAUGUAUUUGAUGUGAAUUCAUGUUGUCAUUCUCGUCAUAUAGCAGCAAUUAAUUAUGUGAUCUAUAAGAGAUGUCGAGCAAAAGAUAUCUACCUUAAGGUAAGGCCAUUCUGAAGUGGGUCAGACUUGUGGUAUUUUGUGGGAUCCAUUUCAAAGUCAAGAGUGACAGAGGUUGGUGCCAGAUGAAAGAAUUCUAAAAUGCGGCCCAUGUUACUUAUAAUUGAUCUAAGGUGUUUGCUCUGGGGACCUUGGAGAGAAAAAUUAGUACUUGCAUUUUAGCAGAUGUGAGGCAUUUUAGCAGAUGUGAAUUUCUGUGAGACUACAGCAUAUUUCUUUAUGAAUACCAACACCAAUGAUUAUUAAUCUAACAGGUUUGGCAGAAGGUUAUUUAGUUACCAGCCAGCAUGUCCUUUAAAAAAAAAUAAAUUACCAGCAUGUAUUUUGUUGAUGAAUAACAGCACCAAUGAUCAUAAAUUUAACAGGUUUAACAGAAGUUUAUUUACAUUA